AUGUACAGUCGCUACUACAGUAUUACAUCAACUUCUAAAAAUGAUACAUGCUGUUGGCUAUUUAAUUGUGAAGAAUACCAGCACUGGCGAGACGAUGGAGGCCUACUUUGGAUCAAAGGAAAGCCUGUCUCUGGAAAAUCCACGUUGAUGCGAUGGGCUUUCGAUGAGAGGAAGAAGAACCCAGAUAAUCGAAAUGAAAGCACAAAUGAUCAUGAACAAUCUACAGACAAUCUAAAAGGAAAUGUAGGCGACCAGAAAAAGAGCACAGAUUCCAAGAAUCCAGAGUUAAAGAAAAGCAUCAUUCUUUCAUUCUUUUUCCACGGCCGUGGCUCUUCGCUUCAAAAGACAAUGCUUGGUUUUUACCGAACAGUUCUUUUCCAACUCCUUGAGGAGCAAUCAAUUCGUGAAGAGAAAAUCGAAGCGCUGUCGAAUCUUGAGAAAUUUUUUAAAACCCAAUGCGACUCUAGAGGGCCACCGGGAAUUAGUUGGCAAUGGGAGAUGUCACAACUAGCUCAGGAUUUUCAAUCUGCACUUACCGAGAUCUUGAAGGGCCACCUGGUAUAUCUGUACGUUGACGCAUUGGAUGAAUGCGGUGAAGAUGAUGCCAGACACCUGACAGAGACCUUCGUGAAAAUGAUAAAAGAAUCUCCCAUCAAAAGAAUUGAGGAAAGUGUUGAAAAACCAACUGACAAAAUGGUCCAAAAAAAAGUUGGUAAAAGACUUUAUAUAUGCUGUAGUUGUCGAAAUCCUCCGCUUUUGAUCAAUGCAAUGGUGGAGGAUACUUUUCAAGUAUGUGUUGAGCGCCACAACAUCACCGGCAUCGACUCUUAUGUUUGGUCUCAACUUGAUCCAUUUCGUGACACGAGGAUCCCGAAUACAAUUAUCAACUAUUCUGCUGGUUCUUUUAUGUGGGCAUACCUCGUUUUAGAACGUGUGAAGUCUCUAUACUCCCGGGGAUUUUCCAAGAAAGAGAUUGAAGGUAGCAUAGCUGAAACCCCUCGGGAUUUGGAAAGGCUGUACGAAGAUCUCUUUCAAAAUAUGCUCGGCAAUAAGAACUCACUACGACUGGUUUAUUGGAUCUGCUUCGCCAAGGAACCACUGACUCUGGAGGAACUGCGCUGGGCGAUGUUCAUUGACGCCAAUCCAACCAUCAAAUCGUUGAAAGAUUGCAAAAGCGCUCGUGAUUUUCCAUGUGAUUGUGAAUGUCUUGAUAAAUGUACUUGCAAGGUGAUGGAAAGAAGAGUCGAGGCUCUAGGCCAUGGUCUCGUUGAGAUCACAGACUCGAAUGACGUGCAAUUCAUCCAUCAGUCCGUUCAAGAAUUCUUCAUCGACAAAAUGGCACUCGUGAGGUUAUACAACAGGACAUCGAAUUCUCGCCCAAAAGACUUUGACCAAGUGGCUAGAGAAGCCCAACAAUCAAUGGCAGAAACGUGUGUCAGGUAUUGCAAUAUGGAGGAACUCGUGGCCGCGUCUGGAAUAAACACGCCUGGCAGCAAGGCAAGCCUGUCUACCGCUGGAGACCGUCUCAAAGAGGAAUUCCCUUUCCUAAAUUAUGCGGUAACGUCUUGGGUAAAUAACAAAGAAGAAACGGGAUCUCAUGUUGCAAAUGUUUCUUCGCAACGAGAAUACGAUGUACUUAAUUUGCUUGCAUCUGCGUUUCCCGAAAUUAACCAGCGACGUACUGGCAAUACCUGGAUCCCGUUCAAUGUUCGCAAAGUCAUAGCCAAACGCAAUCCAUAG